CUUGGCGACCACCGAACAGGAGCGAAAGCGAGCGAAUAAAGAGAGAAAGCAAGAAAGAAGGAGCGACAAAAGGAGAAGACGACGACGAAGAGGAGGGGAAGCUAGCUUUCUCUCUCGGAAUCGAAUCCCCUAGCGAAGCUCACGAGGAUAGAAGAGCUAGGGUUUGGGAGACUUCCCGCUUUGCCCUCUCCUCUUCGCCCCUUGUUUCUAGAUUCUUCCACAGUUCCAGGGCUCUUCGUCGGUGCUUUUUCUAGGAUUUGGCCGCUGGAUCUUGGGGUGUGGUCCAAUGGCGGAGAGGUUGAGGGAUUUGAGCAAGCCGAUUGAUGUUCCCCUCCUUGAUGCGACCGUGGCCGCGUUCUAUGGGACGGGAUCUAAGGAGGAGCUGACUUCUGGCUUCCAAUUGGUGACAGCGGUCAGCUGCAGAUCAGAUUCUACGGGAAUUGCAGAACAACCCUGACACCUGGCUGCAAGUGGUUCACAUUCUGCAGAAUUCACAAAGCUUGAACACUAAGUUUUUUGCACUUCAGGUACUAGAAAGUGUCAUUAAGUACAAAUGGAAUGCCUUGCCAGUCGAGCAGCGUGAUGGAAUAAAGAAUUAUAUAUCUGAUGUGAUUGUACAGCUUUCUAGUAGUGAAGUUUCCUUUCGGAAGGAGCGGCUGUAUGUCAAUAAGCUUAAUGUCAUAUUGGUGCAGGUCUUAAAGCAUGAGUGGCCAACCAGAUGGCAGAGCUUCAUUCCUGAUCUUGUUUCAGCUGCAAAGAGUAGUGAAACAAUCUGUGAAAAUUGCAUGGCUAUACUAAAGCUUUUAAGUGAAGAAGUUUUUGAUUUCUCAAGAGGAGAGAUGACUCAGCAAAAGAUAAAGGAACUUAAGCAGUCUUUGAAUAGUGAAUUUCAACUCAUCCACGAGUUAUGCUUAUACGUACUGUCAGCAUCACAACGAACAGAGCUUAUCCGGGCUACCUUGGCAACCCUUCAUGCUUUUUUAUCAUGGAUUCCUCUUGGUUAUAUAUUUGAAUCUCCACUGCUGGAGAUACUCUUGAAAUUCUUUCCUAUCGCAUCAUACCGGAACCUUACACUUCAGUGUUUGACAGAGGUUGCGGCGCUUCAGUUUGGUGACUUCUAUGACAUGCAGUAUGUGAAGAUGUAUACAAUCUUUAUGAUACAAUUGCAGACUGUCAUCCCACCUGGUACAAAUAUCUCUGAAGCUUAUACAAAUGGUUCCAGUGAAGAACAGGCUUUCAUCCAGAACCUUGCAUUGUUUUUUACUUCGUUUUACAAGUCUCACAUACGAGUACUGGAAUCUCCUGAAAAUAGAGCUGCCUUAUUGAUGGGCCUUGAGUAUCUUAUUGGUAUCUCAUACGUCGAUGACACUGAGGUUUUCAAGGUUUGCUUGGAUUAUUGGAAUUUACUGGUUCUAGAACUGUUUGAAGCGCAUCACAACUUGGACAACCCUGCUGUUGCUGCAGGCUUGAUGGGUCUUCAGGCUACACUGAUACCAGAGAUGGUUGAUGGCCUUGGUUCACUGCUUCUGCAGAGGCGGCAGCUUUAUUCAGGUCCAUUAUCAAAGUUAAGAACGCUCAUGAUUUGUCGUAUGGCUAAACCAGAAGAGGUUUUGAUUGUUGAGGAUGAAAAUGGAAAUAUUGUUCGUGAAACUAUGAAAGACAAUGAUGUGCUUGUUCAAUAUAAGAUCAUGAGGGAAACACUUAUAUACUUGUCACACCUUGAUCAUGAGGACACAGAACAACAGAUGUUGAAGAAGUUGAGUAGGCAAUUGAGUGGGGAAGAGUGGUCUUGGAACAACUUAAACACAUUGUGCUGGGCUAUUGGAUCAAUAUCGGGUUCAAUGAUGGAGGAGCAGGAAAAUAGAUUUUUAGUAAUGGUCAUUCGUGAUUUGCUGAAUCUUUGUGAAAUUACGAAAGGAAAAGAUAACAAAGCUGUGAUCGCUAGCAAUAUCAUGUAUGUUGUAGGACAGUAUCCGAGGUUUCUCCGAGCCCAUUGGAAAUUUCUUAAAACAGUUGUGAAUAAGUUGUUUGAGUUUAUGCAUGAAACUCAUCCAGGAGUUCAGGACAUGGCUUGUGAUACUUUUCUGAAAAUUGUCCAGAAAUGUAAGCGUAAGUUUGUGAUCACCCAGGUAGGAGAGAAUGAGCCAUUUGUUUCUGAACUUCUGUCGAGUCUACCAAGUACUGUUUCAGAUCUUCAGCCUCACCAGAUUCACUCAUUUUAUGAAUCCGUUGGCCAUAUGAUUCAAGCAGAACCUGAUCCUUCUAAGAGGGAUGAAUAUUUGAGAAGGUUAAUGGAUCUUCCAAAUCAGAAAUGGGCUGAAAUCAUUGGACAAGCAAGUCUUAGUGUUGAUGUCCUGAAAGAUCAAGAUGUCAUAAGAGCAGUUCUUAAUAUAUUGCAGACAAACACAAGUGCUGCUAGUUCUCUUGGGACAUAUUUCUUUCCACAAAUAUCUCUGAUAUUCUUGGACAUGCUUACUGUAUACAGAAUGUACAGUGAGUUAAUAUCUAGUAGUAUAGCUGAAGGAGGGCCCUUUGCCUCAAAAACAUCUUUUGUGAAGCUUUUGCGAUCUGUGAAACGGGAGACACUCAAGCUAAUCGAGACAUUUGUAGACAAGGCUGAAGAUCAGCCACAUAUCGGAAGGCAGUUUGUGCCACCAAUGAUGGAUCCUGUCCUUGGUGACUAUGCUAGAAACCUGCCAGAUGCCAGGGAAUCUGAAGUUUUGUCACUCUUUGCAACAAUUAUAAACAAAUAUAGAGGUGUCAUGAUGGAGUAUGUACCUCGCAUAUUUGAAGCUGUUUUUCAGUGCACGCUUGAGAUGAUCACCAAGAAUUUUGAGGAUUACCCAGAACAUCGCCUUAAGUUUUUCUCUUUACUGCGUGCAAUUGGUACUCACUGUUUUCAAGCUUUAAUUCAACUCUCAAGUCAGCAAUUGAAACUUGUGAUGGAUUCAAUCAUCUGGGCUUUUCGGCAUACUGAAAGGAAUAUUGCUGAGACUGGACUUAGUCUUUUGUUAGAGUUGCUGAAGAACUUCCAGGUUUCGGAGUUCUGUAACCAAUUCUAUAGAACAUACUAUUUGACAAUCGAGCAAGAAAUUUUUGCUGUCCUGACAGAUACAUUCCACAAGCCUGGCUUUAAGUUGCAUGUUAUAGUGCUUCAGCAUUUGUUUUGUUUGGUUGAUUCUGGUGCAUUAACAGAGCCCCUAUGGGAUGCUUCUACAGUUCCAUAUCCAUAUGCAAAUAAUACAGUAUUUGUUCGUGAUUACACCAUAAAACUACUAGGAUCAUCUUUUCCAAAUAUGACGACACCAGAGAUAACUCAAUUUGUUGGUGGAUUAUUUGAGUCAAGAAAUGAUCUUCCAACCUUCAAGAACCAUAUACGAGAUUUUCUUGUGCAAUCAAAAGAGUUCUCUGCUCAGGACAACAAGGAUCUUUACGCCGAGGAGGCUGCAGCGCAAAGAGAACGUGAACGCCAGAGAAUGUUGUCGAUCCCCGGGCUAAUUGCCCCAAACGAGCUACAGGAUGAGAUGGUGGAUUCAUAGUGUCCGGAGGUGUUGCAGUGAUAAUUACAAGUUUGGUUUUUUUUUUUUCUUUUGUUUCCUCGUUUUCGAUUCCGAUGGGUGCCUCACAUAUCAUUUGGCCGAUUUCCUGGCCAAAAGUAGAUGGGAGGCUUUCUCAAUUUCUAAUUUGAUUUCAUGGGAAGUUAAAAAGGAGGUGAUGGUCUGUCAAAGCAAGAGCUGUUUUGACUGCUGGUGAUGCUUGCAGGUUCGUACGAAAUUGUCUGGUUGAAGUAGCGGCAGCUUCUUGGUAGAAUGAAUGUAUUUCCUAAUAUAGGGGGAAGGGGAGGGGGAGUUGGUGUGUAGGGGCAGCUUCUUGGCUUAAUGUAUUUGCUAAUAUAGGAUGUUUUGACCCAUCAGUAGUGGUGUCAUACAAUGUGGUUUUUUUUUUAC